ACUUAUCAUAAAGAGUUGUCAUUAUUAAUAAGUUGCCGUCCUCUUAAACGAUAUAAAUCUUCCUCAUGUUAAUUAAAUGUGACACAGUGGCUGUGGCUUUAUUAGAAGACCCGUUGUGUUCAGCAAACAAAAUCUCAAUUUAUUUACACGGUAACAACAGAUUAUCAGCACCUGAAGGUCAUGAUUCACCCUGCCUUUAUUUAUUAUCAGGUGUAAUAAAGAGGCCAACUAAAUAACAAUGGAGCUAAGUGAACAAGGAGAUUUUGAAAAUGAGAUUCCUCUUAAUAAAACACAGAGAGGUUUCAGGUUGUAUUCGCUUACGUCCUGUUUUUACAAACUGUAUGGAAAUAAGAUACCCAAUGAGAUGCUUUAAUAAAGCGCAGACAUUGCUGAAGCAAUCCACUCUCAUUUGGAUUAUCAUCGGGUUAUGUACAGUACACUUAAUUUACUGGCAUGACGUGAGACAAAGACACGCGCUGAACAAGAGCGCGUACUGCUCAGGAAAUGAGAUGGCAUCUUGCGCGGCUGAAACAAAGGAAGGGAGGAAGGACAGUGUAUUGUGUUGUGACCUUGGAUGGGAGAUAAUUUGUUGCAGUUGAUGGGAAGAGAUAGAGUGAUGCAGAGUGCGUCCUGUAAUGUAGUGAGACCAUGGUAAGCAUGUAGAAAACAUGCAUUUAAAGGUGACUGAUGAGUAUCUUCAAAAUGUUACAGAUAAGGUUAAAAUAAACCGUCACAGGAUAUGAUCACAGAGAUAUAAAGAGUGAUAGGGCUGAAACUAAAUGGCUUUCUGUGUAGCUUCCUGUUUUCCAUCACGCACUCUUUCUCUUCAGGGGUGCGUUUGGGGCGUCGCCUACAAACUGCCGACGGGCCGGGAGCAGGAAGUGAAGAGCUACCUCGACUACCGAGAAAAAGGCGGUUAUCAGGUCAUCACGGUGACCUUUCACCCCCGUCCACCCCUCAGUCCCUCACCCAACCAGACGCUGCUCUACAUCGGCUCUCAGGACAACCCGGACUACCUCGGCCCCGCCCCUCUGGAGGAGAUAGCCAACCAGAUCGUCAGCUCUACCGGCCCGAGUGGGCAAAACACAGAGUACCUGUUUCAGCUGGCCGAUGCCGUGAGGACAAUUCUGCCCGAGGACUCGGACACGCACCUGUUUUCUCUAGAAACUUUAGUGAGGGAACGACUACGCAGUGGGCAGAAACACUCGCACACUCAAACAGGUUGAUUGUAAUUAGAUAACUAGCAGGGGGUGUCAUGAUUUCAAUUAUAAAUCAAAAACUGAUCACACAUCCUCCCAGUAUGUGGGACGCUUCAAACACUUAAAAGACAACACAGCGUAGCUUACAGGUAGCCCGCAGCUGCACUUUUCAACUCGACACCAUGCCCACUGCCUGAGUCGGAGGUGUAUUGCGAUGACUAACCGUCCACCGUCACCACAGUUCAGUGUUUCCGCUGCUAAAAAGCUUCUUUUUUUUGCUAUAAAGAAUGCAGGAUGACGCCACAGUAACGCUGCACGGACACAGACUUAAUAUUUCUUUUCUGUGACAGCGAGGAAGCACUUAUUUCACCACAUUAUAUAUGACUAAGGUAACUUAAGUACCCCUUAUAGCAUGCACUUUUCUGUGACUGUGCUACCAGGAGAAAGAACUAUAUAGUCUCUAUAUACUAUAUUUAUAUUCAGGCUCGGGUUACUCAUAGCUACCUUCCUUUAAAGGGGGGCUGGAGGCUUCUUGCAGGUGCAGAAAGUCAAGCUGUUGUUGUAAAGUGCCCUUUUUUGUUUUUGUGUUUUAACAGUUUGUUCCCAACUGACUAGUGGAAAAAAAAUACUGUGAUUACAUUCUUCUAAAUAAAUGUGACCAUAUGGCAAUGUUAUUACACCAUGUAGCCCUCAUCUUUUUUUAACAAGAAUAUGAAAAUGUUAAACGAUUGUCAGGUCAAAUCCAAGACUCGCUAGUCUACAACGACAACCGCCAGUGCUUAAAAAGGUACUCAUGUGGGCCAGUCAGGAUAUUUGUCUGUUUUCUCUGUUAGUGCCUCACUGAAAAGUAAUCUAGAACAAAUCAUGAUAAAGCUGCUUCAAAUUAGGAAAAAUGAAAAUGACGUAAAGGUGCAGUAACAUUCAAACUACACAGCUGUGGAUAAACUUGUAGAUUUACUCCUUGUACAACGUUGAAUUACACAAAGCAAAAAAAAGAAUAAAUGCUUCAUAUUC